AUGCAUGUCAUGGGUCAACUGACAGAUAUUAUGCUUCGAAAAGUUUUAGUUCCUAAAUGUUCUGAUCUUGGUAGUCCUGUUGUGAAUAUAGUCAUUAAUGGAAAUCAAAUAAGGAAUGUUUUAGUUGAUUUAGGGGCAUCCAUUAAUGUGAUGCUUGGAAUCACUAGUCUCAGGCCUACACCUAUAGUCCUACAACUUGCUGACAGCUCUAUAGUGCGACCUGAUGGUAUGAUUGAAGAUGUGGUUGUUACUUUAGAUUCCUGGGAGUACCCUGCAAACUUUAUGAUUCUGUCUUCAAAGGCGACAUUGGGAGGAUAUCCGAUGAUUUUGGGAAGACCUUGGAUUGCCAUGAAUGAUGCAUAUAUUAGAUAUGAGCCAAUAGUUGAAAAAGAAAAUAUUGAAGAACCCUCUUCUCCUAUAGUUUCUGUAGAGAAUGAAUCUCCUACUGUUGAAGGAGUUGUUACUGUUACGAAGAGAGAGAUGACUAAGACAAGCAUUGAGAAGCCCUUCACUUCUUUUCAUAAAUAA